GUCAAACAGCUGGACGCCGCCUCCCGGAGAGGCUGCAGCUCCUGCGGAGGAUGGUGACCGGCGGAGAGCUCAGAGAGGAGGCUGCCUGUCCGCUAACAAAGACCUCGGGGAAUGCACACAGAUCCAGAGCUGUCAGGUUGUCUUUGGGUCGGUGGGGAAGUUACGCCCUUCAACCCUGAAAUUACAACCAUGGCUCAUCCUGUAAACACAUCUUCCGCUCCUUUCUCUGGGACAGCGCUUGGCCAAGGUAGCUCUUUGACUUCGAAUUUAGAGAGUAGGCAAGCUUUGGUACAUGAUGGGAAAGAAUGUCUGGGGGAAUGUCGAAAGGACUCUUUGGAUCUUUGACUUUCCAGCUUAAUGGGGGCUUCUCAAAGGUGCAGAUCCUGCAUACAACAUCCCUCCUGCGGUUCUUAUUUCCUUGCUGGAACGUUGCUGCUACUUUCCUUUGUUGCGGUGAAGGCUUGCCCGAAGAUCUGCCACUGUUCAGACAGGAACGGCAUGGUGGUGCUGUGCACCUCGCGCAAUCUGGAGAACAUCCCGGCCAACUUACCAAAGGACACAGUUGUUCUCUUGCUGUCCUCAAACCGGAUUAGACACAUCCCAAAGGAGGCCUUCGCAGACCUCCGACGUCUCAGGGAGCUGGAUUUAUCCCACAACCUGCUCGAGAGCGUGGAAGUCGGCUCCUUCCAGGGAGUGUUUGACAGCCUGCAGACCUUGGAUCUUUCAAACAACCAACUCAGUGGUCUCCCAAAGGACACCUUCACCAAGCUGCACGCCCGAAUCCGUCUCUCCAACAAUCCAUGGCACUGUGAGUGCUCCCUGCAGGAAGUUUUAAGGGAACUGAGACUGGACCCAGAGACAGUCAACGAGGUCAGCUGCCACACGUCCGUGCGGGAAGAGUACGUGGGAAAGCCGGUCAUCCAAGUCUUGGACUCUGGGAUCAACUUUUGUAACUUCCACCACAAGACGACAGACAUGCCCAUGUUUGUAGCAAUGUUCUGCUGGUUCUUUAUGGUAACGGCUUACAUCGUUUAUUACAUCAGACACAACCAGGAGGAUGCAAGGAGGCACAUGGAAUACCUAAAGUCCCUGCCCAGUACGUCCCACAUCAGCAAGGACUACGACACAGCCAGCAGUGUGUUUUAGCUUCUGGCAGAAAGAGAAAAUUGUAGUGAGCACACAGAAAAUGGCAUUUCUGCAAAGAGUUCUUUAGAUCGCUGUGAAGCAUUUCCUCCAUUGCAGAUUUUUACCUAUUUCGCUUUUUAAGAACAAACUAUUUUAUAGCUCUAGUAGGAAAUAACAUGAGUAUAAACAAAAAGCAGUGUUCAUGAAGACUAAAAGUUAUUUCUGAUUCUCCAGUGAACCACAGUGAGAGACUUUAUUCACAAAUGGGCAAAACAUGGAAUAGUGGUUAACAUUCAUAGGAGUCGCAAGCCCACUAAAAUUAUUGCAAGAGCACAUCAACGACUCAACACUCAGAACAUUGAAUGCAGACAAGGCCUGGA